UUCAGGCCUACAUUCCCCGUUGUUAUGCGCUGGUUAAAAUUUCUAUAAUCGAAUAAGUGAUGACGUUACUUAGAUAAUAAUAACGCCGAAAACAAAACAGAUUACCCAAUAAAAGAGCGAAAGGUAAACAGAGUGUAAUUAUUGUAAAUGUUGCCGGCAACGGGUUAACGUUAAGCGGUGUAGUGACAGUGGAUGAAACCGCUCCGGGCCGCUCGAAGAAGCAAAGACAGUGUAAAUUUGCACUCGUCGUGAUUAGAUAAGGGCGACGAUUUUUGUCAUCGUCUAUCCUACGUGCAUUUUGCGAGCGAACAGCCUGAAAAGCAUUUCGUACGGUUAAACGCGAUACUUUGUCGUACAAUUCUAAACUUUUACUGUUAUUGCCAUGAUUUAUUGGUAUACUGUAAUAACAGUGCAAUAAUUUAUGCGUCCUUUUUCUUUUUUUUUCCGUCCUCGCAUUAUAAUAUAAUAGUGGGGUCGUUUAGCUGAUAAAGAAAGUACGAUACGAUAUUCAAAAUAAACACAGCCAGUGUCCAGAACUCGAUUCUAAUCAUUAUAGAAGCUGAUUACGCGUUGUCACAUAGCUACGUGACGGAUUUUUCCAGACUACUAAGACGACAAACGAGAGAUUGUUUUUCAUUUAAAUUUCAAUGUAUCCGUCUAAUGGUGUUUGCUGUGGUUUUUAUAUUUGUCUGUCUGGCUUAUGGGGGCUCUGCAAGGUUUCAGGAUACUGAUGUACAUUCAGAAGACUUACCUAAAGCAGCCAUUGACUAUUUACUUUGUCGACAUUGCGGUACAGAUAUUUCACCAUUAACAUCUUUAACAUCAAUCGACAGUCCAGCUGCUAUAAAAAAACGUAUAACUCAAUUAUUUGGCUUAAAAGAAGUUAAAGUCCAAACUGUAGAAAACUCAUUGCAUUUACGAUUUGAAAUUCUUACAUUAUCAAAAGCUUUGUGUGUUGGAAAAGGCAAUUGGCAGUCUGAAGAUUCAUGGUAUCCUGGUUACGUUUGGAAAGUUUGUGUUUGUGCUCAAUGUGGACGUCAUAUUGGAUGGAUGUUUGAGCCAUUACACUUAGCUACUAGUGAAAGAAUAUAUCCAUCAAAUAAAGGUUUUUACAUUGUCAUCAUCUCAAGUAUUAUUAACGAAUUACAUGCUGAUUCAUUAAUUUUAGUGCCGAAACAUUUUUCUACUAUAGGACAAAUCUCAGAUUAAAAAUGUCAUCUCCAAGUGAUUUAAAAUCUGCUCAUUCUGAAUAUGAAAUAGAGAAUAAAGGAAAUAUCACUUUUGUUAAAAUUCCUGCAACUUAUGUUGAUGAACCACUUACAGAGGAGCAAAAAGAAAAGCUAUUAGAGUUUGAGGAAGAGUUUAUACUUCGAUAUACAGAUGACGAUAAAGAAUAUGUUGCUACAAAAACUCUUGGUAGUACAACUCCACCAUUAAUUCCUUCAUAUAGACCUUUUAGGAAUUUUAGAAGAGAUAAUAACAGGCAGAGAAAUUCUAAAAGAAGUGGGGAUGAUGAUCAGAGAAGUUAUGAUAAUGAUCAGAGAAAUUAUAAAAAUAGAAAUUCUUCUCAUAAUCAACAUGCAUAUGGUUACAAUAACUACUACAGAAGAUAAGUUGGUUAUAUAUAAAAUGUGUGAUUUUUUUAAAUUUAGCAGUUAUUUAUAUGUGCUAUUGUAUCUAUGGAAUUAAAACUCAAAAUUGAAUAUCGCAA